GUAUUACCACGGGUAUUACCCGUGCCCUCGCUAUCAUAUAUAUCCGAGGGUACGAAUACUCAGUAUUUCUCUAUCAGAGACAGAUCUCGUAUCAAAAUUUCCUAAUCUACUCUCCUCUCGCACACUCUUUACCAUCAGUCUACUGUCACCUAUAUAGUAUCGCGAGCCAUGGCACCCCCCACUGCCACCGAGACCACAACGGUGCCCGCCGUGGGCUUCGACAAGCCCGAUAGCCAGCCCGCAGGCACCGCACCCAAUGAGCCUGGAUUGGCAGAAGAGCCCGCGAUGAACCAUGUUCAGAAGUUCCCCAGCCCACCGCGAUUCACCGACAAGUAUGAAGAGCGAGAGUACCUCAAGGGCCGGCUUGCUCUGGCCUUCCGCAUCUUCGGCAAAUAUGGCUACGACGAGGGUGUGGCAGGACAUAUCACGUUGCGUGACCCUGUCAACCCUCACACGUUCUGGGUGAACCCAUUCGGCGUCGCCUUCUCCCAGAUCAAAAAGAGCGACCUGAUCCUCGUCGACCACGAAGGCAAGGUCAUUGACGGUGGACCAUGCCGCCUCCUCAACACCGCAGCGUACAUGAUCCACGCCGCCAUCCACAAGGCCCGACCAGACGUCCUCUGCGCCGCACACAGCCAUAGCAUUUACGGCCGGAGUUUCUGUGCUCUCGGCCGACCCAUCGACAUCAUCACACAGGACAGCUGUGCGUUCUACAACGACCUCGCAGUUUACCGGCAAUUCAAGGGCAUUGUGCUCGCGAAAGAGGAGGGCGAGAAUAUCGCAAAGGCCAUCGGUCCCAAGAAAGCGUGCUUGCUGCAGAACCACGGUCUGUUGACAUGCGGACAGACGAUUGAAGCUGCCGUGUUCUGGUUCGUCAGUCUCGAGAAGUGUUGCCGCGCUCAACUCAUGGCCGACGCCGCGGCCGCUGGACGAGGUGGUGAGACGAUCAAGAUCGACGAAGAGGAUGCUCAAUACACGUACAAGAGCGUCGGCACUCCCCGAGCUGGAUGGUUCAGCGCGAAGCCCAUGUUUGAUGUCAUGGCCAAGGAGUGUGGUGACGAAUAUCUGCAGUAAGAUGAAUGCUUAGCAAGUUGAAAGUCAGAAACAACCCUUCUUUGAGAAGAUUCUACGCCCGUUGAAUAUGAUACACUUGAUGAUGAGAUAGGUAGUUAUGAAAUUCAGAGUUGUCGUAGUAUUGUUUCGAAUCUAAAAGC